AUGACGAAUUUUGGUAUUUUAAAUUUUGCAUACUAUACUUGUAUAAAAAACAACAUUAAGAAAAGUGGAUCGAUCGCCGAGUAUCUUGUACAAGUGAAACAGAUCGUUAAGACUCUUGCUGCAAUUGGAUCACCAUUGUCAGUUGAAGAUCACAUCGACGCGAUCUGUGAUGGUCUUGGCGAAGAUUAUGAUGGAUUCAUUACUUCGUGUAUCACACAAACUGAACCAUACAUUGUUGCUGAGAUUGAAGCACUGUUGAUGCAUAAAGAGGAACGUCUUGAGAGGCAUAAGCAACAUCCUAAGUCCACUCAUAACAACACAUGUGAUGCUACUAUGCAAGAACCUAUCAAUCAAGCUAUGAUAACAGCCUCCGCAACUCAAUCUUCUCUAGGUGACACCUGGUAUCCUGAUAUAGGUGCAACAAAUCAUUUCACUAAUGAUUUAUCCAAUCUAAUGAUCAAAACUCCUUAUAUAGGAUUAGAGAAGGUGGUAGUUGGUAAUGGUAAUUGCCUAAGUAUUCAUAAUAUUGGGACUUCUAAACUUAGAAAUCCUUCCAAUAAAAUUGCUUUUACUCUUAAUAAAUUGUUACAUGACUCUCGGAAGCUUCUGCUGCAAGGGAAGUUUAAAGAUGGCCUCUAUGCUUUUGAGAAUAUGCAACUUGUUCAUCCUAAUAGUGAUUUUCCUAUUUCAGCUUUAUAUUCCUUUACCAAAUAUUUGAGAUGUCAUCCUACUCCCUGUAAUAUACAUCCUCCUAUUAUAUCUGUUGUUCCUAAUUGUAACAUACCUCGGACUGAGGAUACUCCUCAACCUACAAGUCUUGUGAUCAUUUCUCCUAAGGCUAUGCUUUUUGACAAUGUCAGACUUGUUUUAACUAAGAAUACAAAUACUUCCACCGUUGCAAUUGAUUCUAAUACAGGUCCUAGUUCUAGAGCUAUACCUCUUGUCAUCAACAAUCAUCCUAUGGUCAUAAGAGGCAAGGCUGGUAUUUUUAAACUAAAAGCCAUGGUAGCUGAAAUGGAACCUAUUACAGUUAGAGAAGCUCUACAAUCUCCUAAAUGGAUUCAAGCUAUGCAUGAAAAACUCAAAGCUUUAAAACAAAAUCAAACAUGGGAUCUUGUUCCUUUACCUCUGCAUAGGAAACCCGUGGGAUCCAAAUGGAUUUUCAAACUCAAGUACAAUCCUGAUGGAAGCAUCUCUAAGUAUAAGGCCCGGCUAGUGGCAAGAGGAUUUACCCAAAAACAUGGUCUGGAUUAUCAAAAAACUUUUAGCUCUGUAGGUAAACAUGUGACAAUCAGAGUCAUCUUGUCUAUUGCUCUAUCUAGAGGCUGGUCUGUUAGACAAGUAGAUGUUAAUAAUACUUUUUUGAAUGGCCCUCUAAAGGAAGUGGUCUACAUCAGAAGGUUAUCACACCAACAAUCCUAA